AUGACAUUUCAUGCUCCUGGUUCAGCUUGGAUUAAUGUCUAUCCAAGGGGAAUUCGUGAUUUCCUUAUCCAUGUAAAGGAUAAAUAUGGAAACCCAAAAGUUUUUAUCACUGAAAAUGGGAUAUUUGAAAAAAAUGAACCCUCAAUUCCGCUUAGUGAUGCCCUUAAUGACCCAUGGAGAAUCAAGUACCACUUUUCCCACCUUGACUUCCUUAGAGUUGCUAUAGAGGAAGGUUCAAAUGUGCACGGAUACUUUGUAUGGACGUUGUUGGAUGACCUUGAAUGGAGCUCUGGCUACACAGUUCGUUUUGGAAUUAGUUACAUCGACUUUCAAGACAACCUCAAGAGACACAAGAAAGCUUCUUAUGAAUGGUUCAGAAAAUUUCUUAGGCCUUUGUUGAAGGAUGAUUUGGAUGAGGAAUUAAAAGAGGAAUUAUGAGAGAUGAACCUACAUAAUUAAAUAAUUGUCAUAAAGACAUAUGUAUGUUUUAUGAAUAAGAUCAAAAGUA